AUGCGCUUGCGGGAGGUGAAGACCUGCGAUCGGUGCCGGCACUCCAAACGACGUUGCGACUUGGUGAAACCAACCUGCUCACGGUGUCUCCAAGCGGGCGUCAAGUGCUCCUUUGACACCACAAGCAGCCAUGGCAACAUUCCCAGCCGUGGGUUCAAUCUCGAGCCUCCGAGGUCGCCAAAGUCCGUGUCUGCCGCAGAGCGAAAUGGUGUCUGGACAACGUCAACCGAGUUUCCGGCACCUGGAGGCUCCAAUCACACUGGCACUGAUCCGCCGCCUGGUGCUGAUCCCGGGUCCCGCCUGGGAAGACGGAGGAGGGCAUGUUUGUCGUGCCUCCGUUGCCAUCGCCUCAAAGUUAGAUGCGACAGGCAGUCGCCCUGCUCUCGAUGCAGCGCUUCUGGCCAUCAACAAGACUGCUCCUACAAAGGACCAGAGAGUGGCAGCUUUCCAAGUCCGCUAGUGACCGACGGCCCCGUCGCUGCGGCUGGAGAAGACCCGGAGCAGCUCACGGCCGCCUGGCACUCCCGGCACCGGGGACCCAGCCACUGGAAAGAAAUGAUGAUGAAGAUUUUGUCGCUUGCACAGUUGAACGCCCUCCCAUUUACAAUCGGCGUCGAAGACAUGCCGCAGGACGCGUGCACUUCCCCCUCUGGCCUGUCGGGAAACUUCCCGUUUGGAUCACCUCAGGCGUCAAAGUAUGGCUCUCGAGAAGCGGUCGUGGCACUCCUACAUGGAACAUAUACGGUCUAUCAGACACAUAUUGACGGCUAUCUUGAUGUUUUCGACCGCGUCCAUCCCGUCUUAGACACGAAGAGCUUUCAGAGUGAAGCCGAGUGCUGGCUGGCACAGUUCUUGAUGGUCCUGGGUUUAGGGUGCUGUGCAGAUGCGAGAGAAUCAAAUCAAGCAAUGGAGUUUUUCAUGGCCGCCGAAGCUUGCCUCAUGCAGACGCCCUUUAUGUAUCGGCCGAGCCUAUCUAACUUGAGAACUAUUUGCCUUAUGGUUCUGGCCAAACAGGUCAACAAUUCCACCUGCUGGGGGCUCGAUGCGUGUUGGACGUUGCUUGGUCUUCUGGUCCGUUUGGCCAUCAUCUCCGGACUCUCCCAAGAGACACCGCCCCCUGAGAUGAAAGGGAUGGCCAUGGAAGAGUGGGAGUCUCGACAUCGCUUGUGGAUAACAAUCCAGUAUCUGGAUGUAAAGGCGUCCAUGACCACCGGGAUGCCUCCGGUUUUCCAACCAGUCGAGAUUUGGGUGCCGGGAAAGGCAAUGUCAUGUUGGCGAGGUGAGGGGACUAUCAAUUCUCAGCUAGGACUCCUCGACCGAUCCUUCCCCACGAUUUACGCGAUUCUGUCCCGAGUGAACUCUCAUGUUCAUCAGUUAUCCUACCAAGAUGUGCUCCAAUAUGACGCAGAGAUACGACAACUCAUGAGACAGGCCGUCCCAGCAGGAGGCGAUGCGCUGCUACGAAUGACGCUCAAUAUCUACUUCCGUCGCGCGCUCUUGGUCCUGCAUCGCCAUUUCGCACUCGAUCUCCACGCACCAACCGUCUUCCCCGUGUCGUACUAG